GAAAAGAAUUUAGAACGCAAAAAUACUUUGAGAAAAAGUACUGGAAUUUAAUUUAAAUUAAAAUAUUGGAAAAAGGAACACUUGUAUAACAUUUUUUUAAAAUUCAAAUACAUUCGACUGCUAUAAGCUGCGGUAAAGAUGACUAUUUUAACAAAACCAUCGAAUGAGAAAAAAGCGGAGAAGGUACCACUGCCAUUGGCUUUGGGUGGCCAUGACGAUGCACCAACAUUCCGAGGAGGAGCCGCACAUGGAAAUCUUUUGGGCCCCCGCUAUCACGGUGACUUAGAUGGCGAAUCUAUGGUUUUCAAUCGUCCACCAUCGUGCAUCAAAACUGUGUUGUUAUUCCUAAUCGCUGUUGUGGUCAUGAUGAUGGGCCUGCUCGGUGGAUUUUCCUUAUAUCGCGCAUAUGCGCCCACCCCUUCAAAUUUACAUUAUCGUGCACUUUGCGAUAUCCCAUACAUGCAGGCUGGCAACAUAAGUAUGCCACGUCUAUAUGAACAAAAUGAUGAUCUCGAUUGGCGUAACUUCUUUACGCGGUUCACAAAUUAUAAUGGUAAUAAUGAUUUGACUGAUGACUUCUUCCGUGAGGAGAUCGAAAUGGAUAUGAGUGAUAAUGAAAGUUAUGCCAAAAUUGAUGUACCCGAUUUCAAAGAUGGACGCCGUGGUCGUUUUAUGCAUGAUUUCAAAAAGAAUCAAUCGGCCAUUAUUGAUACGUCAGCAAAUCGUUGUUUCAUAAUGCCACUUGAUCGUGACACCACAUUACCGCCAAAGAGUUUCGUAGAUCUAAUGCAAAAGAUGGGUACCGGUUACUACAACAUUGACACUGAUCGCGUACGUCGCAAUAUGCGUGUGGUCACACCACCUGUAACCGAUCUCACAAUGAUCUCGGAGCGUAUUGCUAACGAAUGUUACGAUAUGCGGGUUUACAUGUUGGAGAACUACGUUUCAGGAGUAUUUAAACGCGAAGCUAAUCCUGUGGCCGAUUCGGGCAAAUUCGCUGAAUUCAUGGGCAAAGGUGUUGUUGAAUUUAAUUUGGUAAACAUUGAUGAUAUCGAGCAGUUCGAAAAGAAUCAGGAGUAAGCUCAUUUAAGCAAAUGCAAUGCUGUCAAAUAUUCAAAAUUUAUUUACAAAACGUAUUAUUUCAUUUCGGUGCUUGCAACCAUUUUUGUAGUAUGUAGUUUGUAUGAUUGUUAAACUUGAUGUUGAUAAAACAGCGACUAACUCUAAAUUUAAUAUUCGACAACAAAAUUAUUUUUACUGACAUACUCAACGACUGAAUUACUGCUUAUAGCGAAUUAUUGAAUUAUUGUAUGAAAAGUAUUUGCAAUUUUAUAUAAUUGUACAUUUUUUAUCAUUCAAAAUUAUCAUUAUUAGAAAAUUAUUGGUCGAUGAUCAAUACUUAUUUUUAUUACAAAAAAAAUUUUAAAUAACUAUUAGCAGAAAUGUUUAUGAAAAUUCAUUUUUUUUCAUUCAUACAAAAUUGUAUUUUAUAUAUUUACCUCAAAAUUUCUUGUAUUCACUUGGCUAUAUAUUAUUAAAUAAAAUCGAAAUAACAAUCAAAAUUGCAUCAAGUUGAGCGAUCAAGUAUGGUUAACAAAUAUAAUAAAAAAAAAAACAAAAAUGAAAAUUUAAUGACAACCAAAUUAAACAACCCGAAAUAUUAUCAAUUAUUGUGCAUAAGAAACAAUGGCGUACCUAAAAGAAAAUUAAUUGUGACAAAUAUUUAAAAAACAAAUCAUGCUAGUAUAUAUAUAAUAACAUAUAUAUGUAUGUCAUGAACUCGCAGUGCGGCAGCACCAACAGCUGUAGGUCUCAGGCAAGUUGUUAGUAAAAUUGGGAGAGUCUUCAACAAUAUGACUAAAGAUAAAAUAUGCAUACUGAACUUCAUUGUCGCACUGUUUAUACAUUAUAAUUAUUUCCUAUUACAACUUUACAAAUGCUUUAGUAAUAUACUUUAAAUAUUCCAAUGUACUAUAAUAAUGUUUACACAUAUAUUCAUAUUUUUAUUGGGAACCUCUCUUUUUAACUCAUAAAUUGUUUUACAUAAUUGUAAAAGGUAUUGUAUUAUAAUCGAUUGUGAUGCACUAGUUCCAUUUUGUAUCAUUUGAAAGUGCCCCAAUAUAUAUAUUUUAUAAUAUAUGCAUAUGAUUGCCGAGUUUUGUUUUGAAUCGUUUGCAGCAACUACUAAAGAAUGCUCUCUCGAUUUUCGACAUAAAAAUUAGUUGAACAAUUUAAAUUUUCAACAUAUCAAUAUAAUUGCUUUUUACGAUUCAUUCGAUAUUUAAUGAGAACCAGAAAUGCAAUAAAUCAACUUUUCAAUGUUAAAAUAUGAUGUUAAUAAAGGAAAAUCCACUUCAAGUCUUA